UAAAAAAAAAAAAAAAAAGGUGUAAGGAUACAUGGGAGUUACGCGUCGCUUUAGCAGGUGCAUAACACGGGGAAAUUGACAAAUACGACGCGAAAGAUGACAUAGCAUGUGGCGUGUUCACCGUUUUCCCAAACGACAGGAGCUACGAAGCACAGCCUUAUGUCACGAGCGGGUACGAUCUGCUGAUCUCCUUUUUCCAGAGUGACUGCUGUAUUUGUAUGUAGAAGUCUUUCACUCUACCGUCAACAAAAUGUCAGGUACCUACACACCAGCCCCUGGUGGGCCUUUCUCUGCUCUCACCCCAAGCAUGUGGCCCCAGGACAUCUUGGCCAAGUACCAUCAAAAAGACUCCUCAGAACAGCCUGAAGUCCAGUAUGAUGAGUUUGGCUUUAGAGUGGACACUGAAGAUGGUGGGAAGACCAGGUCCUGGCUGGGCACUGAAGGCUCACCCCAGCGUGAAGACCCCCAGCAGCGAUUGCGCUGGCAAGCCCACCUGGAGUUCACCCACAACCACACAGUGGGUGACCUAACCUGGGAGCUCAUUGAUUCCGUCCUUCCACGCUCGGAGCGUCUGCGUUCCCUGGUGCUAGGUGGCAUACCUCACAGCAUGAGGCCACAGCUUUGGAUGCGUCUGUCUGGAGCACUGCAGAAGAAGAGGACCUCUGAGAUCACUUACAGAGAAAUCAUUAAGAACAGUUCCAAUGAUGACACAAGUACAGCUAAACAGAUAGAGAAGGACUUGUUACGGACUAUGCCAACCAACGCGUGUUUCAGUAGUCUGACCAGUGUCGGUGUGCCGAGGCUGAGACGGAUACUGAGGGGCCUGGCCUGGCUCUACCCAGACAUUGGGUACUGUCAGGGCACUGGCAUGGUGGUUUCCUGUCUGCUGCUCUUUCUUGAGGAGGAGGAUGUGCUAUGGAUGAUGUGCGCCCUGAUUGAAGACCUCCUUCCUCCUUCGUACUUCUCCUCCACUCUGCUGGGUGUCCAAACAGACCAGAGGGUUCUCCGUCAGCUCAUUGUUCAGUACCUGCCAGCUCUUGACCGAUUACUGCAGGAGCAUGACAUAGAGUUAUCGCUGAUCACCCUGCAUUGGUUCCUGACAUCGUUUGCCAGUGUUGUGGACAUCCGUCUGCUCCUGAGGAUCUGGGACCUGCUCUUCUACCAGGGCUCAUUAGUUCUCUUCCAGGUCACACUGGGCAUGCUCAAGAUCAAGGAGGAGGAGCUCGUAUCAUCAGAGAACUCUGCGUCUAUUUUUAAUACUCUGUCGGACCUGCCAAGCCAGCUGAGAGAUGGGCCUGCAGUUCUUGGAGAGGCUAUGAGGCUAGCAGGGGCGCUUUCCCAGGAAACACUGGAAGCCCACAGACACAAGCACCUAGCCUACAUCCUAAAUGAACAGACGCAGCUCAACAAUGGCAACAACGCAACCCUCAACACCAAUCUCAACAAGGUGGUGAGGAGACAGUCCCUGCGUAGGAAGUCCACUUUGAGCUCUCUGCUGUUUGGGGAAGAUGAGGCAGAUGCCUUGAAAUCCAAGAACAUUAAGCAGACAGAGCUGGUGGCAGCUUUGAGAGAGGCCAUAGCCCGCACCGCAGAUCACUUCCACUGUCUGGACCCACGUCACUCCAGUACUGACCUGACUCCUGACUACUCCAUGGAGAGCCACCAGCGAGAUCACGAAAACUUUCUUGUGGUGUCUCGUAACCGACGGAGACGGGCAAAGGCUUUGCUGGACUUUGAGCGACAUGAUGACGACGAACUGGGCUUCAGGAAGAAUGACAUCAUCACCAUCAUCUCACAGAAAGAUGAACACUGUUGGGUUGGAGAGCUCAAUGGCCUUAGAGGUUGGUUUCCAGCAAAGUUUGUGGAGAUCCUAGAUGAAAGAAGCAAAGAGUAUUCAUUAGCAGGAGAUGACUCUGUGACGGAGGCAGUGACUGACCUGGCCAGGGGCACGCUGUGUCCUGCCCUAAAGGCCAUAUUUCAACACGGUCUCAAGAAACCAUCUAUACUGGGAGGGCCUUGUCACCCUUGGUUGUUCAUAGAAGAGGCUGCCAGUAGAGAGGUAGAGAGGGACUUCAACUCUGUCUACUCCAGACUGGUGCUGUGUAAAACCUACAGGUUAGAUGAAGAUGGGAAAGUACUAACACCAGAGGAGUUGCUAUACAGAGCGGUGCAGUCAGUCAACAUGAGCCACGACACGGCACAUGCUCAGAUGGACAUCAAGUUUAGGUCUCUCGUCUGCGUUGGUCUUAAUGAGCAGGUGCUGCACCUAUGGUUGGAGGUGUUGUGCUCCAGCAUGGCUGCUGUAGAAAAAUGGUAUCACCCAUGGUCAUUCCUUCGCAGUCCAGGGUGGGUGCAGAUCAAGUGUGAACUCAGGGUCCUGUCAAAGUUUGCCUUCAGCCUCUCCCAAGAUUGUGAGCUCCCUGACAAGAAAGAGGAGAAGGAGCAGAGACCGCUGAAAGAGGGAGUGCAGGAUAUGUUGGUGAAACAUCACCUCUUCAGCUGGGACAUUGAUGGCUAAACACAUAGUGGAAAAAAAACGACUGAAUCCUUUCCUGUCCUGCGUGUCUGUGUAUAUUUGAUGUCUCUCCCCCUGUUUCUUACUGACUUGUCAUUACUUGUCAUUCAUAAAUCUAGACACAGCUGUCUGCUACAGUGACUACUUUACAGAGCCCUAUCUGUGUCAUCACCUUUCAGCAUCAUACAAUGGUAACUAAUUACUGAGACUCUUGUGUCAUCAUAAAGGUCAGCCAUUUUGUAUGUGCUGAAACAUUUAUUUAAGGAAUAUUUGGGGUUUUUCCUGAAGUGGGGUUGUAUGAGGUGUAUGCAUAGUCAGUGUGUUACCUAUACUCGCUGUAGUGUUCACUUAAACAGAUAUGUUUAUUCUUUCAGGCCUUUUGAUUUUAUGUGGCUAAAAUCAUUUUUUCUGCUGCCCCGGUGCACAGCAGGGCUUUACUCUACUUCCAUCUGUAAUUCUGUCUCCUUCUCCAAACUGUGAGUGGGCUGACUGCUGUCUACUAAAGGUAACACACUGACUAAGCAGUGGUGCAUACUUUAUUUUAAUUCAGAUCCAGUGUAGGAGGUUACACUACACGAUGAAAACGAUAUAUACAAGUAAAACCCUCCUGCGGUUGAACAGUCUUUACCUGUGUCCUGACGAUGAGUAGCUUUUUGUAGCUGAGUACGUUUUUUUUGUGCGGAAGUGAGAACUACAGUCUGUUCUCUCACUUUGUUUGAGUGUCUGUAAAAUACAGCAGCACGUUGUAACUACGUCAAAUACUGGACAUUUUUUUUUAAUGUGGUUCUGAAUUCCACAUCACCCUGUAAAUUCCCGAAUAUCAAUAAGACCAAAACAGAACAUUCCUAAACAUGGAGCUGUAAAGUUACAAAUUAUUUUUGAGAGGAAUGCUACUUACCUCAAUAUCAUGGAUUCCACAAAAUAUUUCAUUAAAUACUAAUGUUGCACAUGCCAAGUGAAGCCUUUUCAAAUUGUAAUACAAGAUCAUGGGUAUGUGUGCUACCUUUAAUAGUGGUAGUGAACAGUCUGCACGUGUAUGACAAAAUGUAAAUGGAGCAGAUAAAUACUUUUUGUGUUACAAUCUACAGUAAAUAAAUGUUACAUAUCAUUUGUAAUGUUUUUUGUAUAUAAAGUAAAAACAACUGUCACUUGUGACUAAAUGUUUAAGCAUAGAACUUUAUCAUUCUGAUUUCUGAACUGGCCUUUGGUUCUGACUUAAACCUGCAUAUACUGUUAGAAAACUGGGAAAUCUCUCUUUAUUUCUCUAAGUUUAUGUUUCAAUAUUACAUUUUCAGCAGGGAGGUUUUUGGAACCUCUGUUCAUGUAAAGAUUUUGUUGUUCUUGUUAUUCCUGCUAAGAUAAUUACAUCUUGCAGGUGUGGAGUUUGAAAUCGUCAUGUAAUUUUUAAUUUAGAAGUUUUUGGACUUCUCUUGGUAACCAUAACAUUCCCAUGUGCAG